UUCGUUCGCGACCGACACACCACUAAUAGUAGUAGUUGUCUGUCAGUCAGCCACUUUUUCUGUUUAUCUAGCUAACUAACAUCCCAACAAGCCUAACUAGCUUUUAACUAACUAAUUUAUCUUGCGUUUUUUUACGUAUUUGUGACAAUUGGGCUUCUUUGGUAACUCGCUAUAAUUGGCACUCUACUUCCCUGUUCGCUGCUGUUUACAUGGCAACAAGCUAUGGCUAGCUAGUUAAGAUAACAUAUGGCUAAAAAUGGAAUCUCUUUUUGAACAUUUUAUUUAUUUCCCCGUCUCCCCGGUUGCAAUUGGGACUGGGACGGAGGAGUUGACGACUCUCCCUGGCAGAACGAGCUUCUAUCUCGGAGAAACGGUGCACUUGUUGCUGGUGUUAAAGUUCCGGAGGGAAGCUAGUUGGAUUAAGCUAGGUGAGCUGUUCGCUGUGGCGAGCGUUAGCCAGGACGACGAUGGCGGCGGGAAGAGGAGGACAACAUUUGAAAACAAUCUCCAUCGCAGCGAUGAGGACGAAGAAGACCAAAUCCAAAGUAGAAUAAGGACAUUUAAACACUGUAAGCUGCUACUGAAUCACAGCAAUGAACGACAUAACAUGGAACCAGUCAAGUCCACAGUGUUGUCUGAUAAGCAAGUUUGCUUCCAUCUUUCUGUUUCUUUGGACAAACUGCCAGUCAGCGCACUACAAGCCAAGGUUGCAGUGACAGUGUGGGAACAGGAUGAAGACUCGAUGGAAGCCAGGGAACAUGGCUACCUCAAUCUCCUGCAGCUGUACAACCCCAUGCACACCUUCAGAGAAGAUCUCCACCACACAUUUAAGACACAAGUUAAUGCCACUUUGAAGGUUCUGCCACCUCCUAGUGUUCAGUGUCAGCAAAUGACAAUCUCCGGAAAAUAUGUAACUUUCCUCAAAGUGUUGAACUGCAGCUCUCAGGAGGAAGUUUGCAUCACAGAUGUGAAGAUCCUCCCCAACUACAACUUGUCGUACCUGCCCAUAAUGCCGGAUGGUUCAGUUCUUGUUGUCGACAAUGUCUGCCACCAGUCGGCCGAGGUCACCAUGGCGUCUUUCUACCGAGUGGACAGCCAGUCAUCGCGCCUACCCAGCAUGCUCAGCACCCUGGAGGAGCACAACUUCCUGUUUCGGUUGCAUCUCCAAGACAAGGAAGAGGAGGACUCUAGCGAGGGUCUGGAGGUGCCGCUUGUUGCUGUGUUACACUGGUCCACGUCAACGCUCCCUUACACCAGGUACAUCUCCACUUUUUAUUCGUUGCCGAGCAUCCGUUUGAGUCGCCCCCGUCUAGUCAUGAGCGCUACCUGUCCAAGCGCCGUCAAGCCUCUGGAGAACUUUUGGGUGAAGUACACCGUGCUCAACAACCUGCACGACUUUCUGUCCAUACGUCUGGUGUGGAAUUUGGAAGGUCACAAAGGAGGCCACCAGGGGGACCCCAUGGUGGUGUGCCAGUCUCCCUUCAACAACCUGGGUGGCUGUAGGAAAGGCUCCACUGUCUCCUUCACUGUCGCCUUCCAGAUCCUUGGUACUGGACUUUUUGAGCUGAGCCAACACAUGAAGAUGAAGCUCCAGUUUACGACCUCUCCGGUUUACGGUCCUCCCUUUGAACCCCGGUCACCCCAGAAAACCUCUCCAGAAAGAACCAGCCUGGGACGAUCCGUGAGCUUCUCGCACCAACAACCUUCGGUAACGCACCAUGUCAGGACAGGUAGCAUGAUGGAGUAUCCACCCAGCAGCAGCAGUAGCAGCACUCCUAUUUGCUCCCCUCAAUUGGUCAGAGGCCUUUAUGUGUCGCCUCCUGAGCAUUCCCUCAUUUCAUUGGACAAGGUUGUUAAGAGAGAAUGUCAAGUGUUUGUGUUGGACAGCAGGUAAAAACCAACCACUACUUUUUACAUUACCUGCUGUUCAUAUAGUUUGUUACCAAUGUCCAGCACAAACAAAUGGUGUUUUAUUUUAUAUCAUUAUUUUGAGGGGGUUUUUGCUUUUUAGCCAUAUUGCACUGAGCAGCCAGGACAGACAUGUUAGUGGUUUCUUACGUUGUGAAAUCCUAAAGGUUUGCCUGUUUUGGAUUGGAAUGGUGGGCAAACAUUUCAAUUUUCUUGUUUUAUCAUCACUUUUGUCAUAUCAUGCAGAUAUGACAAAAGUUACUAUUGCAAGGUAUAUUUCCACAACCGUUUAAAAAGUAUGUGAAUAUUUUUCCUAGAAAAUGGUGAUUAAGGAUUCUGAUAUUUUUUGUUUAUUAUUGUUAUUAUUAUUAUUAUUAUUAUUAUUAUUAUUAUUAUUAUUAUUAAUGAGGACUUUAUUCGUUUUGAUCGUAUAAUACUGCUCAGCCAGGACAGGGACAUUUUAGCGCUUAUGCUGUUGUAAUUCCUGUUUUUGCAACCUAUUCAUGAAUUGUUUUUCAGAUUUUUAGUUAUUUAUUUUCUGAAAAACUGCUGCAAUGCUACGCUAGUACUACGUCAGAAUAAGUUUCAUUUCCAAUUGUGUGGAUAUCCUUGUAUUUACCACCCUUCUGUGGCUAGUCAAAGAUCUUCUUAUGCCAGAAGUGUUUAAACCUACUACCAAAAUGCUAGUGAAAGAGCCUCAUACAACUGGAGUGCUCUAGUGUUUUUGCAGUCGGCCCUUAAAACAGGGAGGACUUUGUCAUAUAUCUGCAAAGGAUUUUUCGCUUGCACUAUUUUUUAAUUUUUUAUUUUUUUACAUAAAGAUCUUUGACUAGUGUUUUUGCAGUAGGCCCGUUACAGGGUCCCUGACAUGAUUAAUCAACUCUGCUUAAAUAUGUUAUAUAUUGUUUAUAAUUAUGUUCUACAUUAUUUGAUUUUUUUUAACGCAAACGCUAAAUUUGCAAAAAUUACAUUGAAGUUCAUGACGCUUUCGCAGUUCAGCCUCAUUUCUGAAAGUGAUGCUAUCGGGUUACGAUUAUUCAGGUAAACAAACAUAGCGGUGUAUGAGAGAGGAUAUUUACAAUGAUCAUAGCGAAGAUUUGAGUGAUUGUGUCAAUAGCUGGAGGAGGAAGAAACAUUUCGAGUUGAAAUUUUAAAAAAUGAAUUUUUAAUUUUGCCCAUCAUCCACAAUCCUUAUGUGAAACAUGAGCAUAUGUUUCCCCUUUCUGUGCCUCAAGAGAGAAAAACAGUUAGCGCGAGGGAACUAACAAUGCGCAUCAUUGGACACACCUAUUUCGACUAUAAAGCCCUGAAAAAAAAACUCCAAGGUUUUAUGGAUUUAUAUCCAUGCUGUGACCGUGUAGUAACAAGUAUAUUCAUGAUAACAUGUAAUACUUACAAUAUUAUAAUGUAUUUUGAUCAUUUAAAACAGUGAUCCCCAACCCUCGGGCCACUGCCCAGUACCGGGCCGUGGGUCAUUUCGUACCGGGCCGCACAGAAGCAAAAAAUAAUUUCCAUGAUGUUUUAUUUUGAAAAGUGGCUGGAUUCUCUCCGUUACAUUCGUCUCACUGGACGGAUGUCCAAUUGUGCGUGUGCUAACUUUCUCUCUACAGCUGCUGUAUUUUUGCCAUUUUUCUUUCACCUCAUAUUUGGUGUCAAAUGCUGAUACUUUGUGGGAAUGCAUAAAGGUAAGUUUGGAGGAUUUAUUGAGUGCUAAUGUGCACAUUUGUCUCAAGUUUAAGUUUAUUCAUGCUAGCUCACUGCCUUUUACCACACACGUCAAACGGCGAUAUAAUAAUGUUUCUGGAAAAACUCCAGGCUUGAACUGGUGGAUGGUGGGUUGGCAUUCAUUUUGUGCUUUUAAUUUGAUGUUAUUCAUGUCUUAGUUUUACACAAUACAUCAUAAAUUAGAUCGCUGUAAUGUAUGUUGUGCUAUAAUGUACGUAAUGUACGUUCUUUGUAUUUGCUGCUACAAUAACCAUGCCGCUGUAGCUUGGUUUAUAUACAGGUCAGUUAUAUAAAUAGAACAUUCUUGCCAUGUUUUUGAGUUGUUUUUUUUUAAUGGCUUUCUAGUCAAAGUUGGUGUGUAGCGUUAUGUGCAUAGUUAUCUCACACAUGCUAGCUGAUUUUAAACAGUUUUUCUCUCUUUAGAACACGCAGAAAAGAGAAAGAUGUGUGUGGUCAUGUUUCACAUAAAGAUUGUGGAUGAUGAGCAAAAUUCCCCCCUAAAAAGUGCAGUUUUCCUUUAAGACAGAGGUGGGCAAACUGCAGCCUGCCAAGUGUCUUAAUCCGGCUCACCGGGCAUUUCCAAAUUCCUUGCCCACACCUUGUUGGAAUAUUAAAAUUCAAAGGCUGAAUUUUGUACCUGUUCACCCCUAGUGGAGAGACUCAACUGACAUAUUGAUUCAAUGACCUACUGUAUACAAUAAUAUUGAAAUGAUUGUAUUAUUUUAUAUCUCUAAAAUAUAUAGUCGAUAAAUAAUAAGGGUGGACGUGUGUCAUAAUGUGGAAAUCAAAAUGAAAGUUGUGAAUGGGAUGUUGCUUUUGAUACCAGUUCUCCAGCUUUGGAAAACGCACGUUGGCAUGGGGCUGAGGAGGCUGGUGUGCAUAAAACCUGUUGUGACGGUCGGAAGAGGUUUGGAUACGUGUGUCGGUGGUUGUGCCAGUAUUUUAAAGGGGCCUGGGAUCUGGGAAUGUUGGUUUCUGCUAGGUACCGCUGGACCUCAACAAUUGCAUUAGCUGUUGCGUUGGUGGUCUGCCUGCCAAGCUCUUCAUCCAGCGGCUGCCGAAGGUCUAAAAAAACAACAUAUUGGUAUUUUAGUUUUAGUCGUCAAUUACAAAUCAUAUGUGAUUUGCAAGCAAAUAAAUUGAUACAUUGAAAACUGAAGGACACACCUGAAGUGGGUGCCAAUAACGCUUGUGAAGAAGGUCCAGGCUGCGACUCAGUGUGUGUGCGCCCAUUUACAGCAGCACAUUCAGACUUCAGUCUACUGACUGCUUCAGUACAAUAUGAGGAACUUUGAAAGCCGAGUGAUUUAAAUCUGGGGUCAAGAAGUGUCGAUAGGGACUCCAGACUGUAAGCAGCGUCUGUGACAUGUCGCCUAAGAUGUUCGUGGAGGUCUUUCGCUGUCUGUGUGUCCAAAUUAGAAGCCAUUCGCAUUUUCAUCAUCGGGAUGACCUUUGAUCCUGAAACCCUCUUCUCCUCAGACAACACUGUAGCCUCAUGAAAAGGCGCCAGCACAACAAUGUUUCUGCUAUGAUCAGCUGAAAGUGGAGUCAAGUCUGUUUUUAAUACCCACACUGGUUCCUUGCCAUCAUUUGAUAAGUGCUGUUCCGACAUGUUGGUUCGUCAUUUAUGAGUUUCAGGGUUGGCCGCCCCCAUCUGUUGCUGCACUUGGGCUACCGUGUAAAUGGAAUAACGUAUUUGGCGAGUUUUUACUGAUGAAAUCAUGUUUGGUGCUGCGUCGGUCACAAGACACUUGACUUUGUCAGUUAUUGCCCAGUUAAGGCUGUCAAAAUAGCGUCUUAACGGCGGUAACUAAUAUAUUUCAUUAAUUACGUUACAUUUUUUAGCGUAAUUAUGACGACAGAUGGCAGCACAGUGUAUCUCCCCUCGGAGUCACACAGUGUGGGAUUACUGUACUGCAAACAAACACGUCUCUAGUCCAUUCGUCAUUGUAAUGACAAUUCCUCAUUGUCACGAGACAGACCGCGAGAUGCAUUCACAGACACUCCGAACAUCACAAUAACGUCUUUAUCAUGCGUGUAUGGGUGGUCUAAAUAAACAGAAAUGCAAUGAAAAUCAAUAAGUGGAUAUUCCUUUGAUAGCCCUUCUUUGUACUCCUGCCUACUUUCCUCAUCCGUCUUUCCAUCCCAUUUCUUCUUUGCUGGCCUUUCUUCAGCUAUACAUUCUUGGUUUUAUGGUCAUGAGCUUUGGGUAGUGACAGAAAGAAAUUGCGGGUACAAGCGGCUGAAAUGAGGGUGGCUGGCUCUCCCUGAGAGAUGAGGUGAGAAGCACUGUCAUCCGGGAGAAACCCUCUGCAUUGAGAGGAGCCAGAUGAGGUGGCUCAGGCAUCUGGUCAGGAUGCCUCCCGGACACCUCCCUGGGGAGGUGUUCAGGGCACGUCUGACCAGUAGGAGGCCUCAGGGAAGACACACGACACGUUGGAGAGACUACUGUAUGUCUUUCAACUGGCCUGGGAACGCCUCGGGAUCUGCCGUGAGGUGCUGGAAGAGUAGCCGGGCAGAGGGAUGUCUGGGCUUUCCUGCUGAGGCUGCUGCCCCUGCGACCCAAGCGGAAGAUUGACGGAUGGACAUUCUAGGACACUUUUGUUCCACCAGCAAGUCUCCUUGUCAUCUUUUCUCUAUCAGACACACCUAGCACCUUCCUGUUUACCUGAUCACUUUUGCUGUGGUUGCCCCAUUAUCUGGCAGAUCCUCAACUCUCAACUUCUUCCAGAAGUCCUCAGAGCAGCUCCUGUUCCUCAACUUCCACCAUUUGGUCCUCUGUUCUGUCCUUGUUCUUUGCCUCUUUUGCACAAGUCAUCCUACAUACUAUCACUCCAUGCUGUACAGUUUCUUUCAGCUUGCAUUUUCUGCACAAAAUGUGGUCUACCUGUGUGUCCCUGACUUAAGAUGCUACUACCAGGGUUUUAUGUAGCCGGUUCUGAUGCACUCCUGCUAUUGGCUAUAUGAUAUGAAAAAGGAAGCCAUAAAAUCACCUUCAUUUAAACUACAAAUAACUUACUUUUUCAAGAGAACAUAUGUCACUGGUGAAACUUACCACACCCGAGGGUUAGGGAGACUUUGGAUGUGAGAGCACAUAGUUUAAGGACUUCCAGGUAUCAUGCAGCAGGGCUCCAAGUGAGAGAGCAGUCAGCAAACCCACUGUCUUCCACCGCUGAGAGACGAUGGUCAUCUAGUCCGAUGAAUUCCAUUAUUUUUCGGGUUAUGUGCUUUAGACUUCUGUCCCGCACAUACAGGUGAGUGUUGUCCAACUGUGGAUCACAUGAGCCUCCGUCAAGCUUGUUCUCCAAAUAUAGCUUUUUAAUGUGCUACAACGGCGAGAUAUUCUUCGGGGCAUGUUUUGCAGGGUGCAAAUUUAUAUCACUCACAAAUGACAGGUAAGUUCCACACGGCAGACAUGAUGGUUUUGGGUUUGGCACACCUGCGCAGUGUGAAGGCGAAUGGGCAGGAGACACUCGCUGCAGGCUGCAUGUUCCACUUGUACAAGCCACAGGUGAUCCACGUUGAAAGUCAUUUAGCGGCAUAAGCCGAUCACAUGCUUUUUCACGGGAAUCAGCCGAAUUUGAUUGGUGGCCAAUCGACCGCAGCAUCCCCACUGCUCCCUCGUCUGGAAAUAAGUGUUCACCACAGUCGUUUUCAUUCGUUUUGCUAAAA